AUGUCCAGCAUGACGAUCGAUUUCACAAAGGGAUUUAUCGCGCUCGUCUGCGUGGUCCUUUACGUCCUCGCCUACCUGGCUCGUCUUGUUGACAACUUCAAAAAGGGUCUUGUCUGCCAAACCCCGAACCUGCCUCUGCCCCCUUUUCUCAAGGGCUCCGAGGAUCUCGAGCUCUGGGACGCGUUUCUUCUCAGCUAUCUCAACUUCUACGGCCUUUCAGUUCAUCUCAAGGACAACGUCCGCGAGCCUCUCCUCGGACCCGCCCACGACGACUGGAAGAAGCAGAGAGCCAGAGUCAACUACAUCCUGCUUAGCACCCUCACUGACCCGGAUGUGAUCGUCACUCUGAAGCUGUACAACUGGAACAUCAGGGAGGAGGACCCCAAGGUCACGUAUAAUCUUGCCAAGCGCGUCUUCACCCACGGCACUGGCAAUAACAACUGCGGAAAACUCUUUAGCGACUUCGUUGCUCUCAGGAGGGACCAGUGUGGCUCCAUGGGUGAGUACCUUCAGCGUCUCCAGUCUCUCAGGGACCAGCUCCAUGAAGAGAGCUGGAAGUUCGACCCCGAGUUUGGACUCACCACGGUCCUUGACGCUUGUGGCAUGAAGGAGAACUACCCGGACUUGCAUGCAAAGUUACUCGAGGAAUGGACCCAGAACCGCCUCACUUGGGAGGAUCUUAUGAAGGAUCUGAGGACGAUCAACUUCCAGGAGCGCACCAAAAAGCGGUCGCUUGUUUGA